CGUGUCGUGCGCGGCGGUCGUGUCGCUCCCGCUCGCAGCCCAAUUCACGCGUCGCUUGACAGUUGUGCAAAAUAAUGAACCACAGUGACCGUGUAUAGUGGAAAGCUCUAUUUUAACCUUGAAAACCUUCUAUAGACUUAAACUCUGUGUGUGCCAUGCUGAUAAGUACUAGAUAAGUGCUAUGUGGUGCGUGCUGGUGCUAUCUCUGUGGGUGGUGGGCGCGGCGGCGCAUUACACCCCGACCUGGGCGGUGCACGUGCCCGGGGGGCCCGCCGCCGCCGACGCCGUGGCCAGGGACCAUGGCUUCGUCAAUCUUGGAGAGAUUUUCGACAACCACUACCACUUCCACCACCACUCGGUGGCCAAGCGGUCGCUGUUGCCGUCGCAUGACCACCACGGCCGCCUCGAGGGAGACACGCGGGUGCGCUGGGCGCGACAGCAGAAAGUAUUGUCGCGGAAGAAGCGGGACUUUAUAGUGUUCAACACCUCUUCUACAGUCGGGACGUACGUCCCAUCGCCGUCAGCGGCGACGAAGAGAGAAGCAGGGAACAAAAGAGAGAUACCAGCGAGAGUGAAGGGUCGGCCGAGAGCCGCCGACUCCAAGUUUCAACUCAACGACCCCAAAUGGCCACACAUGUGGUAUCUAAACCGAGGCGGCGGUCUCGACAUGAACGUGAUCCCCGCGUGGCGGGAAGGAAUCACGGGCCGCGGCGUCGUAGUCACCAUCCUGGACGACGGGCUGGAGACCGACCAUCCGGACUUAAUCAACAAUUAUGACCGAAUGGCAUCAUACGACGUGAACUCACAUGACCCGGACCCGCAGCCGCGAUAUGACAUGAUCGACUCAAACCGCCACGGGACGCGGUGCGCGGGCGAGGUGGCCGCCACCGCCAACAACUCGCUCUGCGCGGUUGGCGUCGCGUUUGGCGCUAGCGUUGGAGGUGUGCGGAUGCUAGACGGUGACGUGACGGAUGCGGUAGAAGCGCGCUCGCUCAGCCUCAACCCGCAGCACGUGGACAUCUACAGUGCGUCAUGGGGCCCUGAUGACGACGGGAAGACCGUCGACGGGCCUGGAGAACUGGCGCAUCGGGCGUUCCUCGAGGGAGUCACUAAGGGUCGCAGCGGGAAAGGAUCCAUCUUCGUGUGGGCCUCCGGUAACGGCGGGCGCGAGCACGACAACUGCAACUGCGAUGGCUACACCAACUCCAUUUGGACUCUUUCCAUCUCUUCUGCGACAGAACGAGGAGAAGUGCCGUGGUACUCUGAGAUGUGCAGCUCUACGCUAGCUGCCACGUAUAGCAGUGGCGCGCUAAACGAGAAACAGGUGGUGACAACAGACCUGCACCACUCAUGUACCGCGGGCCACACGGGCACGUCUGCGUCCGCGCCGCUUGCGGCCGGCAUCUGCGCGCUUGCGCUUCAAGCCAACCGCGAGCUGACGUGGAGGGACAUGCAGCAUAUCGUGGUCCGGACGGCGCGGCCAGAGCGUCUGAGCGCCGGCGGCGAGUGGCGAGUCAACGGCGUUGGUAGAAACGUGUCUCACUCGUUCGGCUACGGGCUGUUGGACGCUGCGGGCAUGGUCCGAAUGGCGCGAAGCUGGAAAACCGUGCCGCCGCAGCGGACGUGUGAGCUCGUCGCACAAAAACCGCAACGAGCGGUGCCGCCCCGCUCCAGUGUGACGUUACAGUUGGACGUGAACGCGUGUCCGGGAGUCAACUACUUGGAGCACGUGCAAGCGAAGGUUUCCCUCUCCGCGGCCAGGAGGGGGGACCUGAAGAUCACUCUUACGUCACCAGCGGGGACUGAGGUCACGUUACUUGCGCCGAGGGCACACGACUCGUCCCGCGCCGGGUUCACAUCAUGGCCGUUCAUGUCCGUACACAUGUGGGGGGAGAACCCCAUCGGUGUCUGGCAGCUCGAGGUCUCUAACGAGGGACGAUAUAUGGGCAGAGCGACGUUACAAGACUGGUCAUUAAUUUUAUACGGCACGACUCAGCCCGCCACCAAAAACGAUCCCAUACCCUUCCGGAACCCUCUAGUGCGCAAAAAGAGCAACGCAACUCGACCCGUCGUGGUCCAAACGAAGAAAAACAAUAGAGGGAAACCUGUCCCUGUACUUCCUACUUAUACGGUCGGAGUAGUAAAAGGGAAAAGGAAAAAGAAUAAGAACUCAAAGAACUCAAAUAGGAACUCGCAGAAGUCUAAACAGAUUCGCCCAGCGACGCAGUCAGCCGCGGACAGUUCCACGGCGCGAGCAGCGACAUCUUCAGCGCCAGAUUUGAGCUUAAACCUGCAAGGGGAUUUAGGGGAUCCGCUGGCGGACGCCAGAGGGCGCAAGAUGACGAGUCUGUUCGAGCACAAUCCGAAAAUCCAGCUGAUUUAUCCGGCGUCGCUGCAAGCUAACGCGGGCCCGCUCUCCCAGUGGGAGCUCAUCUUCUACGGCACAGAGACGCCGGCCCAAGAAGACGACGUGUCCCUGGACGCGCAGAAGGCCGGGACCUGGAACGCGAGGGACCCUGAGCCAGUCGACGAGGUCCGGCAGAACGAUAUAGAGUUCCCGCCGGCUUGGCAUGACUCGCAUUCGAUCCGCGAGGAAGCACCCUCAGACGCGCGCGCCGACGGCGCGGACGCGCUGCGCUCAGGAUGCUCUGCGCGCGCGCCGCCCCCCUCGCACCGCUGCCUAGAAUGCGCGAAGGGUUUGCACUUGUACGAGGGGCGGUGCUUCGCGCGCUGUCCGCCCGGGACGUACGCCAGCGAGUUACUGCAGGAGCGGAGCUCAAGACGACGUAACCUCACUUAUUUAGAGACGCCCCAGCUCAGGAAAAGACAAGGCACUGACGAUGAUGCUCCUACAGCUCUGGAAGCUGCCGAUAUGGAAGCCCUUGAUACAACCGCCAAGUCUCCUUUAGUCUGCCUGCCGUGUCACUACACUUGUGCGACGUGCUCGGGCCCGCACAAUAGCCAAUGCCUGUCGUGUUUAGAUGACGCUCGUCUUUUCAAUAUGUCGGAUGUAGAGCCCCGACUCUAUUGUUACCCCAAUACUGUCCUACCACAAAUCGAUAACGCGAACUGGCACUACAGACUAAACAUAGCACUUUCUUUGGCCCUGUUCAUUAUCUGCUUCAUAUCGCUAUACUUUUUGACUGUCUGUAUUAUUAAAAAAUGCGGCGCAUAUUGUUGUGGUAGUCACUACUCAUCUAACUUGGUUAACUCCAAUAUUGCUUAUAAUAAACUAGCCGUGGACGAGACUCAGCAAAAUGAAGCUGAGAUAGAAGAUGAAAUUCUACAAGCCAUAAAAUAUACCAGUGACAGUGAUUCUGAGGAUAAUUUGAAUUUAUAGCGUCUAGCGAUAUUCCGCUCCGAGUAUUAUGAAUUAGUCGAACAACUGAGUUGUAGCGAGUAGCAAAAAAUGAUAGCGCUUUCAGACUGGAAUGUUUUAUGCGAGUAAAAACGCAAAUGUGCGCAAUUAAGUAUAUUGGCGUGUGUCUUCAUUCGUAAAGCGUUUUUCACACACAAGUGUUGAACUGUUGAGUAUUAUAGUCACAUGUAUAUUUUCUUUAGACACAUGACUAUGACCCGAAACACCGCUCGAUAACGCAUUUGGCCCAUUUUAGAGCGACUUUGGUCGGAAGCUUUUUUCCUUGGCCGAGGCAUUUUAGUUACCUACGCGCAUAAAAUACGCUAGUCUGUAAGCGCUCUAAGAGAAUAAGAAACGAGUGCAGGGCAAAAAUGUGAUAUUCCCGAUAUAAAUGUCACAAGUUAAAUGUAAGUAUACACAUCGUCGACUGUAAAAAUGACAAAAAUUUAGGACCGUACAAAAUGUUAGUGUUAAUUAUUCGUCCAAAGAGAUUUUUAAAACUUCUUUCCUCUAUUUGGUUCAAAUACUACGAAAUUCCACUGAGAUUUUCGAAUGAAGCUCGUACGUGACUAGACGCAAGGUGCGCGUUUUUAGAAAAGCUGCAGGUAUAAAGUAGGUACCUAUAUAUAUUUAUGACUAUCCUUUUUACUGGGAUUUUAGACCCCGAGCCAAGUACGCACGUAAUGUAUACGUGUUAUUUUUUCUCGAUAAGUGGUAAUUUGAUAAACUGUCAAUUGGGGGCAAAUUAAUAUUGUUUUUCUUUAUAUUUGUUUCUCAAUCUACCAACGGAGCGGUAGCUGACGUUCACGAGGGUUCAUGGUGUAUCUCCCUUAACCAUUUUACCAGUUAUAGACUGACAGGAACUUCGUAUUAAAAGUCCGUUGCUGGCUCGCGGUCCAUUAGGUCGACUACUUUGGAACCUUUAAUUAUUACUCACUACUUUGCUAAGAUUAUCUGACGUUAACGUUAACUUUUAUUUCUAAGUAGCUUUAAAAUCCAUUUUCUGGACCCUGGUCGAGUUACUAUAGGUAAACUUAUUCCAUCUUAGUGUACUUUACGCAAAGAGUUUUAAAUCUUUUUAUAAGGGUAAGUAAAAACCAGGGUCGUUUUCUUUUAUAUUUUCAUACCUUGGUCUUAAGAGGUGAUCACAGUUAUUUUUGUUGGAUGCUACAUAUUAAUAGUUUUCUUAGUGUAGGCAAGUAGGUAAUAAAUUUAGGUAUAACUUGAAACAAUUUUAUAGUGAACAAUUUUACACAUGUCAAAUGAAACAAAGCGAUUAAAUGAUUACUUUUAAACUACACCGUGGGCAACAAUAUCUAACUCAUCAAAUUUUAUCCACGUAUUCUAUCCUCAUUGUACUGGAGUCAGUUAUGUAACGCUGCCAUACAUGACCCAAAAAAUUUUUAUUAAGCUAUGAGCUUCACCACAUCUGAUAUUUGAGUAAUUCUAAGCAUU